UCAGUCAUCACUGAAGAACCCAGCCCUGGCAGGUUGAUUUCGGACCUUUCGAUUCUCAAUCUAGAACCUGGGACCGGGAGCACGCUAAGAUCAAUACUCCCUUCGGGUAAGCUCCUCCCAAAUUCUUUUAGCAUCGAAUACACGGCUUCCUACAAAACUCGGAAUAAUAUCUGCAAUGGGAUUGCAAAGAUUUGGGCGUCCAAAGGGUGUGGAAAGCAAGUCGAGUCCCAACCUUUUUGUGGCCAACUGUGGGCCAGCAGUGGGGCUUUCUCAUGACACCAUUGCUUCAGUGUUCAGUGCUUUUGGGGAAGUGAAAGGAGUCUGUUCUGCCGAUGAGAGCGGUGCCCGUGUCAUUGUUUCUUAUGGUGAUGAGAGUUCUGCCAAAGCUGCCUUGGAAGCAUUAGAUGGACAACCUUGUCCUGACCUUGGAGGCCGUUCUUUGCAUAUUCGGUAUUCAGUACUUCAACCUACUUUGCAGGGUAAGGUUAAUGACUCGGUUCCAGUGUCUUUGGUGGCUUUGGAUUUGAACAUUCCAGGCCUUUACUUAUUGCAUGACUUUGUCAGCCCCAAAGAAGAGGAGGAAUUGCUUGCAGCAGUUGAUGAUAAGCCUUGGAAAAGUCUUGCCAAAAGAAGGGUUCAGCAUUAUGGCUAUGAAUUUUGCUACGAAACAAGGAAUGUUAAUACGAGACAGCACUUAGGUGAACUUCCGUCAUUCGUUUCUCCCAUUCUUGAAAGGAUCUCAUUGUUUCCAAACCUUGAUAAUCAUGCAAACAUAGUUUUGGACCAACUGACGGUUAAUGAGUACCCACUUGGGGUGGGAUUGUCUCCCCAUAUAGACACCCAUUCUGCAUUUGAGGGAUUUAUUUUCAGCCUUUCGUUAGCUGGGCCUUGCAUAAUGGAGUUCAGGAGAUACACAGAAGGUACUUGGCUUCCGAAUACCUCAAGUACUAGUACAAAGGUGCAAACUCCUGAAAAUGGCCCAAAUUUCUUAAGGAGGGCUAUCUAUCUUCCCCCACGGUCCAUGCUCCUAUUAUCUGGGGAAGCUCGUUAUGCUUGGCAUCAUUACAUUCCACACCACAAGAUUGAUUUAGUGAAGGACAGCAUUGUCAGAAGGGGUCCAAGGAGGGUGUCCUUCACUUUUCGUAAGGUUAAAACAGAUCCUUGCCAAUGUGAAUAUCCCCAAUAUUGUGAUUCUUAGAGAUAAGAAGACAAGUUUUCGUUCUGAUUGAAGAUACAAGCUGACUAUUCAACGCUCCGUUAUAACACCCAUUAUAAUUGUUUGUAGGAGACGGUUAGUAUAGAACAUUACAAUCAUGAGUUGGACUUAUUUUCCAAGAUGAUUCCUUCUCUUCUUUUCCCUGGAUCUCCAAACAGGAAAUCCUUGAUGCCAACUUGUGUUGGCUGCUGGUCUUGCAAUGGAAGGAGUAGUGGUAAAGGAAAGUUAGAAACAAAGCUUUUGUUAUUGUAUUUGUUGCGACAUGAAAUCAUGGAAUUCAGUGAUUUUCUUUUAUAAUCUAAUAUUCGUUUCUCAAAUUACAUUCUUGGCCCGUGAUUGGACAAUAGAGUGAUUU